CCUUGAACUUUUCGCAGUGUUUUGCUUCACCUCCUGAACAAGUGAUAGGCGUACUGGAGGAGAAGUUGUCUUUAGUUUCGCCUUCCCCUCUUCGUCAUGGAGUCUCAGGGAUGUUUCUCCCGAGAGGAAAUCAACAGCACGGUGUGGGAAGUCCCGGAGAAAUACACACGGCUCAAACAGAUAGGGACCGGGGCUUACGGCUCCGUGUGCUCAGCAAUAAAUGAAAAGACUAAAGAGAAAGUGGCCAUUAAGAAGCUCCACAGGCCCUUCCAGUCAGAGAUCUUUGCUAAGAGGGCCUACCGAGAGCUCCGACUGCUCAAACACAUGAAGCAUGAAAAUGUGGUAGGUCUUCUUGAAGUGUUUACAGCUGCUACAAGCCUUGACGACAUGCAGGACUUCUACCUGGUGAUGCCUUACUUGUUUACUGACCUGUCGAAGGUGCGGGGACAUCUCUCAGAGGACAAAGUCCAGUUUCUCGUCUACCAGAUGCUCUGUGGACUCAGGUAUAUCCACAAGGCUGGAAUCAUCCACAGGGAUCUUAAGCCGGGAAACUUGGCAGUGAACCAAGACUGUGAACUGAAGAUCCUUGACUUUGGGCUCGCUCGCAGCACAGAUGCCGAGAUGACGGGCUACGUGGUAACCCGUUGGUACCGGGCACCUGAGGUCAUUCUGAACUGGAUGCACUACACCCAGACGGUGGACAUCUGGUCUGUGGGCUGCAUCAUGGCAGAAAUGAUCAAUGGAAAAACCCUUUUUAAAGGCAAAGACUACAUGGACCAACUGACUCAGAUCAUGAAAGUGACAGGAGUACCUGGAUCAGAGUUCAUCCAGAAGCUGGACAGCCCAGAGGCCAAAACGUAUAUAAAGGCUCUCCCUCGUUAUCCCAGAAAGGACUUCUCUACAUUGUUCCCCAGAUGCAGUGCAAAGGGUAUUGACCUGCUGGAGAAGAUGCUCGUUCUGGACGGAGACGAGAGGCCCACAGCUGAACUCGCUCUGGAGCACCCGUACUUCGACAGCCUGAGGGACCCAGAUGACUUCCCCGAGCCCAAAGCGUACGACGACAGCCAUGACAACGCCACUCUGUCCCUGGAGGAGUGGAAGCGGUUAUGUUUCAAAGAGGUGAAAAGCUUUGUUCCAUUCCCACGGAGGGACUCCAAGAGGAAAAACACUCUGACUAUGUCUCCCUGAUCGGAUGAUGCCUGUCUUGUCACUGUACAGCCAAUGGUGCCCUUGUAUAUUACAACCAUGAACUCGCUCUAUGUCUUGUACCCUGGAUUUAUUUUGAUUUUGAGCCAGUGUUCAGUAGAGUGGUUAAAACACUUUUUUUUAUGUGCAAUUGUCUCCUCAGAGUAGAUUGCCCUUUAUGUUACAAACGGGAUCCUUGUAAAUGUUUUUUUGACGAAAUGUCACAGGGUUUACUGUAAGAUUUACUGUAAUAUUGUUUUUUUGUUUUUAUUCCAAUUAAAAGAUGAGAUUAAAUGUGUAUGAAGUUUUGUGUUUGCAGCAGAGUGUAAAUGUUGCUGCCCGAGACAGUAAACAAACAUUCUGUAUGAACUCAUAGGCGAGUUUUUCUUUUAAAAUUAGAGCAGUCUGAAAGUCUGAAAUUGAAACUGCAUCUUUGAAUGUUAUUUUAGAAAUCAUUUAGGGCUAAAGUUUGUGAUUUGCCUCACCAAUGAAGCCCCCUAAACUUUAAUAACACAAAAUAUCACCACUGUCAACCGGAAUAUUAAACCAUUGCAGUGUGAAUGAUGCGGAAAUUAACUUGUCCCUUUUUUGUGUUUAUGCUUUUUCAUGUCACAGUCCCAUACAGAAACACUGCAAUGUCUGCAUCAUUACUUCACAUUUACCCUUAAUGACUAAACCAAAUCUUUUAGAUCUUUCCAGCAUGGUGCUAUAUACUUAACUGGGACAUUUAGAGGCUGCUGUGUGAUCUAUAAUCUGGCUUUAGGGCAGGGCUGGGCAACUGGCAGCCUGGGGGCCACAUGCAGCCCCUCUGCUCACUCAUCGUGGCCAACAAGUCAUUUUCAAAUAUCAAUAAAUUGUAAACAUGAAGAAAACAUUAAAAAAAAAAGAUCCGUCAUAAAGGAUUAAAACCUGAGUUGCCAAUACAAAACCAUGCACAAAGACCAAAAGCAUUCAAACAUGAAAAAUAGAAUAUUCUCUGUAAUGAUCUUUAAAAGCUGGUAUUUGUUUUGGUCUUUGAAUAAAUUAUGUGCAUGGCUGUAAAUGUUUCUGUAAAACUUUAUUACAUGCAUUACUGAAUGCAUUUGAAAUUCUUUUUGAAAUGUAGGUAAAUUAUACUGUAAUGUAUAACCAAUAAAUACUCUCUUCAUUGUA